AUUCAAUCCUCUUGUUUCAGAUCAUAAUGUCUGCUUAGUUCGAGAAUACAUAGGAUUAGAUAAUUGUAAGAAACUCGAGAAGAAAGCAAGAUGGUGCGGAAGAAGAUAGAUAAUCGUAUCAGGGUUCUCAUUGAGAACUGUGUACAGAAAGGACACAGAUCCCUGUUUGUUGUUGUUGGAGACAAGGCUAAGGAUCAGGUUGUACUGCUUCAUCAUAUGCUAAGUAAAGCGGCGGUCAAAGCAAGACCCUCAGUGCUGUGGUGUUACAAGAAGGAACUGGGAUUUACAAGUCACAGGAAGAAGCGUAUGAAGCAGUUGCAGAAGAAGAUAAAGUCCGGGAAGCUGGAUGUGAACGAAGACGACCCCUUCGAGCUCUUCAUCGCCUCCACUAACAUCAGAUAUGCCUACUAUCAUGAAACUCACAAAAUUUUGGGAAACACCUACGGGAUGUGCGUGCUCCAGGAUUUUGAGGCAUUGACCCCGAACCUGCUGGCCAGGACGAUAGAGACGGUUGAGGGGGGUGGAGCAGUUAUUAUUCUUCUCAAGGGUGUGUCCUCCCUUAAACAGUUGUACACAAUGUCUAUGGAUGUACACUCAAGGUACAGGACGGAGUCCCAUCAGGAUGUUGUGAACAGGUUCAACGAGAGAUUCAUCCUCUCUCUAGCUUCCAAUCCUGCAGCAAUCUUUCUAGAUGAUCAGCUCAACAUCCUUCCCGUCUCAUCUCAUAUUAAAACCUUGGAGAAGCUCCCGCCAGGAGCUGUGUCAGCGAGUGAUCAUGAGAGUGAACUAUCUGAACUUAAAUCCAGCCUUCAGGAUACUCAACCUGUUGGAGCACUCGUCAAUUCUUGCAGGACAUUGGAUCAAGCUAAAUCUCUGCUGAAGUUUGUUGAGGCAAUCUCCGAGAAAACACUCAGGAGCACUGUAUCCCUAACUGCUGCACGUGGCCGAGGAAAGUCUGCCGCGCUCGGUCUCGCGAUUGCUGCCGCGGUCGGUUUCGGAUAUUCGAACAUCUUCGUUACAUCUCCGAGCCCCGAGAACCUGCACACCUUGUUCGAGUUCGUGUUCAAGGGGUUCGAUGCCUUGAACUACGAGGAACAUCUCGACUAUGAACUAGUUCAAAGCACUAACCCAGAGUUUAAUAAGGCUGUUGUGAGAGUUAAUAUAUUCCAUGAUCAUAGACAAACCAUUCAAUACAUUCAUCCAGGAGACAGCGCUAAGUUAAGUCAGGCUGAACUGGUAGUUAUCGACGAGGCUGCCGCUAUCCCUCUACCUUUAGUUAAACAGCUUCUAGGUCCAUACCUAGUAUUCAUGGCGUCUACAAUCAACGGAUACGAAGGAACAGGGCGCAGUUUGAGCUUGAAGCUGCUCGAACAGCUGCGGCAGCAAAGCAGCAGGAUAGCUGUCACAGCUAACGAGGGAGGAGCUGCUGGGAGAACAUUAGGCGAAUGUGAACUGAAGGAAAGUAUCAGGUACAGGAGCGGAGAUCACUGUGAAACCUGGUUAAACUCCCUUCUAUGCCUGGAUGCUAGUUCUCUAAACCUAGGGGGAGGAACACCCCUCCCACAGGACUGCAAUCUAUAUUAUAUAAACAGAGAUACAUUGUUCUCCUACCAUUCUGCUAGCGAGGAAUUUCUUCACAGAAUGAUGGCUUUGUUUGUUGCAAGCCAUUACAAGAAUUCUCCGAACGAUCUCCAGAUGUUAUCAGAUGCCCCGGCGCAUCAUCUCUUUUGUCUCCUUGGUCCUAUCUCUCCAUCCUCUACUUCUCUACCAGAGGUUCUGUGCGUGGUUCAGGUGUGUCUGGAGGGUGAGAUAUCCCGUGGAAGCAUUAUGGCCGGGCUACAAAGAGGUCAGCGUGCAUCUGGAGACCUUAUUCCCUGGACUAUGGCGCAGCAAUUUCAGGACGAUAAUUUCCCCCAGCUCUCAGGAGCCCGGAUAGUUCGGAUAGCAACCCACCCAGAGUACCAGAGAAUGGGAUACGGAACCAGAGCUCUUCAAAUCCUUCAGAAAUAUUAUCAGGGAGAAAUUAUAAGCGUGAAGGAAGGGGAAGGAGAGACUGAAAUGCCUACUGUAGAAGAGGAGGAUCUAGGACUUCUAGAGGAGACCAUCUCACCCCGACGCAACCUACCUCCUAUGCUCCUUGAGCUUGGAGAACGGCCUCCGGAGGAUCUUCAGUACCUCGGAGUCUCCUUUGGUUUGACCUCGAACCUGUUAAGGUUCUGGAAGAAGGCUGGGUUUGCUCCGACCUACCUCCGUCAGACUAAAAAUGAUCUCACCGGAGAACAUACAAUCAUUAUGCUGAAGGCCCUGGAGACGUGUAAGAACGCGGAAUGGAUCUCCGCUUUUUUCACGGAUUUUCGGCGUCGACUGGUCAACCUUCUCGGGUUUCAGCUUAGUAACCUUUCUCCGUCCUUGGCUCUCUCCCUCCUUCACAACAAAUCCGUCAACACCUCCUCCGUGGUCCUGUCCGCAUCCCAGCUCUCCGCCCACCUUACCCCGUACGACGUGAAGAGGUUGGAACUGUACAGCAACAAUAUGGCGGAUCAUCACCUUAUCACAGACUUGCUUCCCUGUCUCGCCAGGUUGACCCUCACACAACAGCUCGGAGAUCUUCAUCUUUCACCAGUACAACAGGCAAUCCUGGUUGGUAUGGGUCUUGAGCAUAAAACCGUUGAUGUUUUAACAACAGAACUAGAGCUCCCGGCAAACCAGCUCCUCGCACUCUUCAACAGGAGUAUCAGGAAGCUCUCAGCUGUACUCCGGGGAGUACUGGAGCAGGAGAUAGAGUCUAGGAUCGGAGAGAAGGCUGUCGGAGGUUUGGAGCUGGGCAGUCUCGACCUCGAGCUAGAGAUCGGAGCUAAGGAGGAAGAGGCUAAGCAGAGGGAGAAGGCCAAGGCUAUGCUUGUCUCUCAGGAUCUGACCCAGUAUAUCGUGAAGGGAUCGGAGAAGGAUUGGAGCUCUGCUCUGGCCGGAGGAAAAACUAUCAACUCUUUGAGUAUUAAAACCGGAGAGAAGAGGGCGGGAGAAGAAACCGAAGAAAAUGAAUCCAAAAAGAAGAAAGAGAAUAAGGAACCUAAUCAAAAGAAGAAGAAGAAGAAAGACAAGAAGAAAUAACAAUAUUUUUUAAAA